CUCAUCAAUGCCCACGCCCACCACCACUUGUCCUGUUUCACCUGUCCUCGCUUCUCGAUCUUCGAGCUAGGGUCCGCUAUCGAUCUCAUCGAGACGGUGACACUAGAUCUGAUUCGAAAGCUGCCAUUUUCUUCUCUCAAUAAUAAUAAUGUUUCUUGCGGCAUGCACAUUGUCACCCUCGCCUCUCGAGCUCCCACUCUCCUCUCCCGCACCUUGGUAACCUCCAUUCCCAGAGCUUCGAACCGUCGACCUCGAAGCUCGUCCUGUCUUUUCCACUUGGCCAGAGUCCGUCCAGUUGCCUUCCGUAUGGCAUCCACACUCCCUUCGUCGCCAAUUUUCGAAUCCAUCGCGCGACAUGAUCCCAAGAGCCCGGCCAUCAUACAUUCCGCUUCCGACCGUACCUUCUGUUACGGCAGCUUGCUCCACGAUGUUGCGGCGGCGAAAGACACCUUGACCGCCCUCACCAACGGCAAGUCACUUGCCGGUGAGAGGAUAGCUUUCCUCGCCGAGAACGGGUACGACUAUGUAGUGACGUUCCUGUCCAUUCUCUCCCACGACGCCAUCGCCCUUCCUCUCGCGCACACCCACCCGAACAGCGAACUCCGUUACAUCCUGUCCAACAGUGAAGCGGCGCUGUUCCUUUCUACCGGGAAAUUCCAAGAUAAAGCACAGGAGGUGGUCAGAGAAGGGCUGGACCACCAUGUUCGUCUGGAAAUCUUGUCCAAGAUUGAAACAGGUGCGACCUCCGCCGAGAACGUGCGCUUCAGCAGCACCGCCAGCACCGCCAACGGCGGCUUCAUGCUCUACACCUCCGGCACGACGAACCGGCCAAAGGGCGUCGUCCUGUCCAUACCCACCAUGACCGCGCAAGCCCGUUCGUUGAUCGAAGCCUGGGAAUAUACACCUCGAGACCGCCUGCUGCACGUGCUUCCGUUGCACCACAUCCACGGCACGAUCAACGCACUCUACACUCCCCUGAUGGCCGGCUCUGCGGUCGAAUUUGCCUAUCCGUUCAACGCCGACACGGUCUGGAGACGACUCGCACUGCCGUUUCUCCCCCACUCGCCCCCCACCAAGACCCCGAUCACCUUCCUGACGGUCGUCCCGACGAUAUACAACCGAUUGCUCGCCACCCACCCGACCCUUUCACCUGAAAUGCAGGAGGCCACUCGCACGGCCAUCACCCCGACGCACAUGAGACUGAACAUUUCGGGUUCCGCGGCGCUCCCGACCCCCACGAAACAGGCGUGGACGGAACUGAGCGGUGGCAACGUCCUCCUCGAACGCUACGGCAUGACGGAAGUAGGGAUGGCCCUCUCCUGUGGCUUGGCCUUCGAGGACCGCGUGGACGGGAGCGUGGGCUGGCCGCUGCCCGGCGUCGAGAUCCGGCUGGUGGAGUCGGAGACCGGCGAAGUGAUCCGACCCGGCGAGGAGGUCGGGUCCGACGGCAAGGUACGCGAAGGAGAGAUCCAACUCCGGGGGCCGACCAUCUUCAAGGAAUACUUCCGCAACCCAAACGCCACGGCCGAGGAAUUUGUCGACGACACGGACGGCAAGGGCAAAUGGUUCAAGACGGGCGACGUCGCGGCCAGGCAGGUCGUGCCCGGCGCGGGCCAGAACGACGGGCAGGGAUGGGCGUCGGGACCCAUGUACUUCAUCCGCGGCCGGAAGAGCGUCGACAUCAUCAAGACGGGCGGCGAGAAGGUGUCGGCGCUCGAGAUCGAACGGGAGCUGCUUUCCCUGCCACAGGUCGCCGAGGCCGCCGUCGUCGGUCUCCCCUCGGAGCAGUGGGGCCAAAAGGUCGCCGCCGUCGUCGUCCUGACCCCCGCCGGCAUGACGGCCGGCAAGGGCGGCAAGGCCUGGAGCGUCAUGGACAUGAGGCGGGCGCUGAAGGACAAGUUGGCCAACUACAAGAUCCCCCAGGAGCUCAAGGUGGUCGAGUCGAUCCCUCGGAACGCCAUGGGCAAGAUCAACAAGAAGACCUUGGUCAAGGAUGUGUUUGGGUAGGUUCUCUUUCUUCAACAAAAAGCAUAGGCCACCAGAACGAGUCACGAAAAAAAGGGAUUGCGUCGGAAAAGCUUGCAUCUUGAAUGGCUUUUAAUGUAUAGCUACCUAAAAGUGUGUGUAUAUAUAUAUCUUCCAUAUGGUCCAGGCAUGCUACGGGAUAUGCAAAGGCGCUAGAUGAAAAAACAGGGAACAAAAAAGUAAUCCUCGCUCAUGAUCACGUUUAUUUGCAGGUAUUAUACAGAGUAAUAUACCUGACUGGAGGGAGCUCCUUCCGACAAAAC